ACCUCCCCAAGCAAGGAGCCAUCGGGCGCCUACGGCCGCGCCGGCUUCCACGCCCCGGGCCAGCGCGGGCGCUCAGGCCUCGGUGGCGUGGUGAUGGCCGCCUCACACCGAGCAGCGAAGGUGGCGGCCAGCAGUCUCCAAACCCCGGUCAAUCCCAGCACCGGAGCGCGGGUCACCCAUUACGAACGCAAAGACCCCGUAGAGUCCCUGUCGGCGGCGGCGGCGGCGGCCUUGGAGGAGGAGGAAGAGGAGAAGGAAGAGAAGGAGGAGGAGGAGGAGGAAGAGGCAGAGGGGUCGGCGCGGGCGCCGGCUGAUUUUAACACCAACAUUUCUGGGGUAAAUGAACAAAAACGUAUAAGCUGUGAGGAUUUUGUGGACUUUUCUGAUAUUUACCACUCUAAUGAAGAGUACUUCAGGAAACUAGAAGAGCUGAAGGCAGCCCACAUGGAAACUAUGGCAAAGUUAGAGAAAAUGUACCAGAAUAAAUUAAAUUUAAAGGAAGUUCAGCCAGCGAUCACCAUGGAAGAAGCUGCUAGUGUCUCUUCCACGUCUGUAUCAGAAAAGAGCUCCCAUCAUCCUGUUUCAUUUAUGACAUCAAUUUCAGAGCCUGAUUUAGGUCAGUCUUCCUCCUUGAUUGUGUCUUCCUCUGAAGAUGAGUUGCCCAACGUAGAAAAAGAGUAUUCUGAGAGAAGCAGAAUGAUGACCUUUGCUAAGGAGCUCAUCAACAACAUGUGGACAAACUUCUCUGUUGAAGAUUAUAUUCAGUUUGAAGAUGCUGACUUGCCAGCACUCGAAAAAAAAAAAAAGAAGCCAAAAGAAUGGGAGCCAAAGAUUACAGUACCUGAGCCUUUUCAAAUGAUGAUUAGAGAGCAGAAGAAAAAAGAAGAGAACAUGAAAUCUAAAUCAGAUAUUGAAAUGGCACAUAUACUGCUCAAGAAACAAGAAGAAGAAUCAGAGUGUAAGAAAAAAUUCCGAGCCAACCCAGUUCCUGCGUUCGUCUUUCUCCCCCUUUAUCAUGAUAUAGUCAAGCAAAAUGAAGAACGGAGGAGGUCUAUGAAGGAGAAAAACAAAGAAGCUCUUUUGGCCUCGCAAAAGCCGUUUAAGUUUAUUGCAAGGGAGGAACAGAAGCAAAUUCGGGAAAAGCAGCUGAAAGACUUUUUUAAGUCUAAAAAGAAAACAAACCAAUUUAAAGCCAGACCGAUACCUCGAUCUACUUAUGGUUCAACUAUCAAUGACAAGUUAACAGAAGAAGAGCUCUAUAGAAACAUUAGGACGCAGCAGAGAACCCAAGACUUUUUACAGAAUUCAUUCCCUCUGCCUUGUAGUCCAGCUCGCAGAAGUUAUGCUACAAGGAAGCCCAAGUGUCCUGAACAGGCUGAAAAGUCCAAGUGUAAACACAAGGUUAGGUGCCAGACUGCUGAUUCUGAAGACCUUCCUGAGAGAUAUCAGAAACAUCACUCAGAACAGAGGUGUCCAAAACCCCUGACAGUCUGUGAACCAUCUGACCUUCAUGCAGCCUCACAUGCAUCCACUAAAAGAGAGAAAAUCUUGGCAGAUAUUGAAGCAGAUGAAGAAAAUUUAAAAGAAACACGUUGGCCUUAUCUGUCUCCAAGGCGCAGGUCACCAGUAAGAAGUAUAAAUGCAAAACCUGUGCCUUGUGGCUGCAACCCUCCCAUGCCCACGGUGUCCUCCAGGGGAAGAGAACAAGCCACAAGGAGAUCACUUGAGGAAAAGAAAAUGUUGGAAGAAGAGAGAAAUCGGAUCCUAACUAAGCAGAAGCAAAGAAUGAAAGAAUUGCAGAAACUCUUGACAACCCGGGCUAAGGCUUAUGACUCACAUCAGAGUUUAGCUCAAAUGUCUAAAUCCAGAGUAAAAUCUCUCAGAAAGAGUGAAAAAGAAAGGAUGAGAGAAUACCGACGAGAACUAGAAGAAAGAGAAGAAAAAUUAAAAAACAGGCCGCUGCUAUUUGAAAGAGUUGCUCAGAAAAAUGCAAGAAUGGCAGCAGAAAAGCAUUAUACUAACACCUUAAAUGCACUAGGAAUAUCUGAUGAGUUUGUUUCAAAGAAAGGCCAAAGUGGAAAAAUACUUGAGUACUUCAGCAAUCAAGAGAUGAAAAGUUUCACUGAAGAUAAAGAAAGCUUUAAUGAAGAAGAAAAAAGAGAAGAAAGAGAGCAUGGGGAAGAAAAUUAUCUUACUGAUACCAACAGCCAAGAUUCUUGCAAGGAAACAGGUAAAGCUGAUGAAGAGAGUGGAGAAGAGAAUUGUGUUGAAGAAUAAGACUGAAUCAGUCGGCAGGGUCUCCUCUCUGUUCCCCUGCUGUUGGCAGCAUUGGGUGUCAGAAGCCGUGCUUGUGGUGUUAAGGACAUCCAUGGGAACCCGUCUGAUACGUGCAGGUCUCUUGAGCAAAGUCCUCGUGUAGCCUGAAAAGGCCGAAUCCAGCUGAUGGGUCAUUUGGUCAGUUAGAGUCAGGCUUUGCCUAUUCAGUUUUUAAAAUUACUACAUAUGGUCUGUUUGCAACUUUGAUCUUACUUCUAUUUUUAAAAAGUGUUUGAGAAUCACAGCUGUCACAAACUGAUUAGGUAUAAAAAUAUACAUAAUUUUAUCAUUUUGGGUGGAAAAAAUUGCUUAGCAUUGAGAGCAGAGGGGAGUAUUGGCCUUUGGUUUGAAAAAAAAGUUCUGGAAAGCAUGAAUCAAUAAAUAUUUUUAAAUUAUA